AUGCGCCACAAGCGCAACCGCCACUCUCAUUGGUUCGGGGACACGGAGGGCUCGGUCGGAAUGGUGGCGCCGCCAACGGGCCCGCAACGCCUCUCUCUUAGGGAGAGGGGCGCGGGUUACGUGGCGGCAAACUGGGGGGAAGUAGUGCUCAUCGGAGUCUACUUCUCCCCGAACAGGAGCCUCUCCCAAUUUGAGGGGUUCCUGGAUGGCCUGGAGCUGGUGGUGCGGAGGGCAUUCCCAGCCCAGGUCAUGGUGAUGGGGGACCUCAAUGCUAAGUGCGCGGCUUGGGGCUCCCCCGUCACCGACGUCAAAGGGGCGCAUCUCCGGGAUUGGGCUCUCAUGAUUGGCCUGGUCCCGCAGAACCAGGGCAGCGCCUACACGUGUGUGCGCGCGCGGGGUGGCUCAGUCGUCGACGUCACAUUUGCCACCCCCAGCAUUGGCGCGCGCAUCACGUGUUGGCGCGUCCUGGAGGAUGUGGAGACCCUGUCCGAUCACCUGUACAUCAGGUUUAGGGUCUCCACAGCGCCCCGCGGGCGGCCGAGGCGUCUUCCCUAG